CCAGUUCUCGCUUCACGUGCUCCUGGAGGUGCACAUGUAUUAGUCAUUUACAAUUCGUGGGUGAAAGUUAUGUUUCCAAUAACUCGAUAACUACCUUUGGACGUGAUGGCAGAAGUGUGAAUGAAACUAGCGCUCCAGUAUUGUCGGAGGAGCCACUGCAUUGGAACAGAAUCCUUAAGAUGAGCCCCCGGCCAAGACUCAUCAUCCUGGCCGUGGUGAUGGCGGCCUCAAUCCUAACCGUGGUUCUCCUCCACCAAGGCCAGCUGGAGGCGCCCCCCCUGCCCAGGCUCUUCAAGGAGGACCGCGAGGCCGAGUACGACGUGUGGCCCCCCUUUUCCGUCGAGCCAAAGCGGGAUACGGCGUGGUACGUCCAGGAGUGCUUCGGCGGCCGCCAGUCCGAAGACAUCGAGGUGAUCUUCGGGCAGCUCCUCACGGCGUGGUCGCACUCAGACAACGCCGAGUGCGCCGAACUCUUCUCGAAGUUCAGUUACCUCUACGAAGUGCACGAUCGCUACGCCUCCAGGUUGGGGGUUCCGGGCCCUUUUGCGGAGAAGAUUAGGGCGUGGCUCCACAACGACUCGAAGCUGUUGGAGCAGAUUCAUCGUCAGCACCUGAUUCACGUCUUUCACCCGCUGACGUCAGAGCACACGGUGUACAACCCUGUGCGCGCGAGCCGUCCGAUGCCCACGCACAAGACGGACCCUUUUGAGUGGAUCAACAACCUCUCGAUGGUUACGAGCGUCGACUGUGAUUUCUGCAAGUACAAGGAGAACACGGCCGUCGAUCUGCUCGGAAGAGACGACGCGAACGACACAGCCCGAGUGACGAACACCUUCAAAGUGGAGUCGUGGCACAGCAUGGUGGUGACCAAGUACCUCCACCACCCACUCAACUUCACCAGGGACCUUAUGAGCCACUUCUUCGAGGCUGCCGUGGCCUGGGUUUACGACGUGAGCCAGAUGGAUACGAAUUAUAUUUAUCCCAACAUAGCCUGGGACACCCUACAUCACGCAGGGGCUUCGCAGAUCCACCCGCAUAUCCACAUGAUGAUGGCUCCCGACCAUUACUACGGCUAUUUUGAACUUCUCCGCUCGGCCGCCCAGAGGUACUACGAAGAGAAAGCCGAAAACUACUUCAACGCUGUCCUCGAGGUUCACGCCGCCCUGGGACUCGCGGUGCAUUAUGGGAAGGCCGUGGCGAUCUCGACCGUGACUGGGAAAGCCGACCUGGAGGUGAUGUUCCUGAGCGAGCGUCCCGACGAAGACUUCUACCACCUCAUCUACUACACAGUCAAUGCGUACCACGAUACAUUCACACAGCUCUGCAAAGGGUUCGCCGGUGCUCUCCCUGCCAUGGGGACGUCAGACAGGGCAUCCCGGGGUAGGAUGCCCACAGUGGCGAAGCUCAUCUCCAGGGGGGACUGCACGUCGCUCAGGACUGACUAUAGUUCCUUCGAAAUCUUUCAGAUUGUGUAUAGAAUCUAUGACCCUUGGCGAGUGGCAGCAGCUAUCAGGAAAGCGAUUAAAACGCACAAUGAGAUACAUAAAAAUGCAUAAAACGAAGUGAAUCACAGCUAAGUAUGUCCAUAACAAUACGGAGCCUUCGCCGUCUCUACCUUUCUCUGCUCCCCCCCCCCUCUCUCUCUCUCUCUCUCUCUCUUCUCUCUC